GGGGGAGGCGCGGCAGGACGAGCUUCAAGCUGCUCGCCAUGGGGGGAAUCGUUUUGAGCAAAGGGCAGGUCAAGUCGACCCGAUUGCCAGCUGGCUUGCUGCUGGCGAAAGGCUGGUGGAGCGUUGGUUUUGCGAGGAAAGAAGCCGUGUGCGGUGCUACUGAAUUCAAUGGAGGACUUCACUCGCUUGGGUUACUGCAUUGUGGCUGGCAGCUUCGUAGCCUUCCAGUUCUCCUUCUCAGCCCUCAGCCCCCAGCUGUCCUUGUCCUUGAGCCCCAGCUACUCCAGCCUUCCUUCGGUCAAGCAGAAUGAAUGGAAUUCCAGAUGUGUGUCUACUCUUCACGCGGUAAUAGUCGGCCUCUUCUGCCUCUACAUCCUUUGGUAUGAUGCUGCUAUAAAUGCCAACCCCAUCUGGGGAGAUCCUUGGUUGGUGAAACUGAAUGUUGCUGUCACCUGUGGCUAUCUGCUCUAUGAUCUGUUGCUGCUAGUGCGCUACUGGAAGACAUUGGGGGAUUCUCUUUUCGUUUGCCACCACUUGGUGGCACUAUAUGCUUAUGGAUACGUAUUGAGUCGUGGGGUGCUUCCCUAUUUUGCCAACUUCCGUCUCCUUUCAGAACUCUCCACACCUUUUGUGAAUUUGCGGUGGUUCCUGGAUGCAACUGGGUGGUCACGUACUUCAAGGCUUGUUUUGGCCAAUGGCUUGGCCAUGAUGGUAGUGUUCUUUAUGGUGCGCAUUGCUGUCAUCCCCAGCUAUUAUAUGCAAGUAUACUCUUGGUAUGGAACUCCUGAAUAUGAACGUUUGGGCCUGGGUGUACAACUGGCCUGGAUUGGGCCAAGCAUUGCCUUGGAAAUGCUCAAUUUGAUCUGGAUGUACCGCAUUGUCCGUGGCUUCUACCGAGCUUUAUGCUGGUCUAAGACCUACAAGGCAGCAUGAAGAAAGAAAAAUAGUGGUACUUGACCUGGAAAACCCAAGUUCUGCUGGAAAAAAAUGAAUUCCCUCUUCUAAUCCCCUCAGAAGCCAGUAGCCCUAGAAAAUGUUCCUGACUAUGUCCUUGGGGAAAGAAUCCCAGAUUCAUUAAAAAGGGAGCAUAUAGUUUUCCAUUCAAUCAAAGAAAGGUUCUGGCCAGAUUGACUAGAUUCAG